GACAGCUGUCCAAUAGAGAGCCUCAGUGCUAGUACGGCUCGUGGCUUAAGUGCCGCCACGGUCUGAGGAAUGUCAACUAUUCAACAUGGAGGCGGAGGUGGAUAAGCUGGAACUGAUGUUCCAGAAAGCUGACUCUGAUCUGGAUUACAUUCAGUAUAGGCUGGAAUAUGAAAUCAAGACUAAUCAUCCUGAUUCAGCAGGCAAGAAAAGUCCAGUUACACUGUUAAAGGAACUGUCAGCGAUAAAGUCUCGAUAUCAAACUUUGUAUGCACGCUUCAAACUAGUUGCUGUUGAGCAGAAAGAGACUAAGAGCCGCAUUUGUGCUACUGUGAAUAAGACUAUGAACAUGAUACAACAACUACAAAAGCAAACAGACCUGGAGUUGUCACCACUGACUGAAGAAGAGAAAAAUGCAGCAGAGCAAUUAAAAUCUCACAUGCCAGACUUACGAAGAAAUGGACUUCCAAAAGGGAACUCUAAUAGAGAAGAAAUCAAUUCCACAAAAAUUUAGGAAGAUGUCUUUUAAUGGUUGAUAACUAGUGGGAGGGGGCUGGUGAAGGAGAAGAAGGUUUGGCUGGGACUGGUUAAUGCUGCCUUUCAUAUGAGAGAAGAAUAAUAAAGUUCAGCCAAAAAGAUGAAAUUGGAAUAAAGGGUUUUACUUACAUACACACACAAGUAUGAGAGGAAGUGCUAGAUAGAGUAUGUGAAAGAAAAUAAGAAUUAGUGGGUGGCACCUGUGGCUCAAGGAGUAGG